CAAAAACAAAAGAGCAAAGGGCGAAUCUAAGCAGAGAGACACAAACAUAAAAGAACAGAAACAGAUAUUUGUUGAAGACGAAGCUGCUCCUUUCUCGUUCGAAGCCCCAAACCUCGGAAGCAAGCAAGGAACAUGAAGUAAUCUCUCCCUCUCUGCGUCUAGGGUUUCGUCUCUCCUUCUCGCUACUAAGCACACUGCGUUAAUCAGAGAAAACAUUACUGCUUUUGCAAGUGAAAUGAGUGAAAGUGGCAGGAAACGCUCUUCAAAGUGGGAUACAAGAGAUGAUCCUGAAUUUGGACCUGAUAGUAAGCACUUGCGUUCUGGAUGGUCCUCUGGAGAUGUUGCUGGCAGCAAUAACUCAAAAUGGUCUUAUAUGGAAGGAAAUGACAAGAUGAAACCUCGCAUGAGUAAGGAACCUUUUUCUGGAGGCAGGGGUUCAAAUAAAGAUGAUAUUAUGAAUAAAGACUAUAGAUGUUUGGAUGCAAAAAUGGAGUGGGAGGCGGAUGCAAGUUACAGCAGGAGACGCAGUCCAUCCCCAAAAAGUGGUUGGAGCAGGUCGGGCAGGAGUAGUAGAAGCAGAAGCCCUCCACAUGGUUUCAAGUGGGAUUCAGGAGCCAAUGACAGAAAUAGAACGAGGGCUGCAGAAUCAAAGCAAAUAUGCAGAGAUUUUGCUGUUGGAAAAUGUAGAAGAGGAAGCCAUUGCUAUUUUCUUCACCAUGAUGACCAAAAUUAUGAGGAUAUUCGGGAAAGUAAAAACCGGGAAGAUGGAGCUCCAAGAUAUUCUGCUUCACAUGAGAGCAGGGAACAUACUCUUAGGAGUAGAUCCACUGAAGCUUGUGUUCAUUUUGCAAAAGGCAGAUGUAGAAUGGGAGCAUCAUGCAAGUAUGUGCAUCAUAACAAUUCUGAUGAAUAUGGUAAGGGUACUCUGGAUGAAUUAACUAGAGAAAGGGAAAAUGAUGGAAGGCGCAGAGAUAAUUCUUUUGAGCAGGGUGGUGGCCACAUACCAAGCCGCAGUGGUGAUACCCUUUGCAAAUUUUUUGCUAAUGGAAAUUGUCGUAAUGGUAAGCAUUGUAGGUUUUCUCAUGAUAGGCAAGACAGAAGCUUAAGGGAUGAUAGAUGGGGAAGCAAUCUUGCUGGAGACCAUCAGACCUUGGAUAGACCAAAAUUGAGUGAUUCAGCUAGUCCUACUAGAAGGCUUAGAAGUGAUAGAUGGGGCACAGAUGGCAUUAUGGCUGAUAAGGAUAAAGUAUGGGAUAGUCCAAACCGGAAUGAUAUAGCUACCUAUGAUUCAGCAAAGUUGGUUGAAGAAAAACCUGGAAAUAUAGGUGCCACUGAGCAUGAACAAACUGUAUGGCCUGUGAAGGAAGGAUGGGGUCAUAGUUUAGACCAGAGCAGUGUGCAGGGUGAACCACCAUUUUUAAGUGAUAAGAAGGAAGCUGACCAUUGGAUAGCAGACAAUGCUGGUGCCAGCAUUCCCGUUUCCCAGUCAGUAGCUGCAGACAUCUGGCCUGGGGACGCAAAAAUGUCUCCUGAUUGGAAUUAUAGAGCAGGAUCUUCCACCCGUACGGAAGUAGAGCAUGGACAGAACGAUCGUGGGUUAACUCAAGGAAGUACAUAUCCAGCCACCACUGAACAUGACAGAAUACAAGUUCCAGGGCAAGGUUUUAAUCAGAAUGUGCAAAAUGUUAAUCUUUUGCAUUUGCCAAGCUGCCAUGCAGUUGGACAAAAUAAAGUGACAGUUCCCAUUCUUCCUUCAAGAGCAGGAAUUCCUGAAGGUAUGCAAAAGCAAGAAGUCUCUGUUGAGAAAAAGUACACUGCUGAGCCAAAUAUCACAGGUGAAGGCUCAUCACAGAUUUGUUCAAGUAAUCCUUCAACACAGGACACAGUAAGCAAAGAACAGCUUGCUCAACUUUCCAAUCUCUCAGCCUCUCUUGCUCACAUCCUUGGAUCUGGUCAGCAGCUGCCACAACUUUAUGCUGCCUUAAAUUCUCAUAAUACAAAUGACACUCCCUCCUUAGCCAACACGGAAGUGCCUGCUAUGCCUGUUUCCAAUACGUAUGUCAAGCCAGAUCCUGCUGUUGGAUUUGUAAAGCAGUAUGAUCCAAUGAGUGAUAGCGUUGACCUAAAUGAUGCUGAUGCAAGUGGAAUCUGCCCAGUCAUUUCUCCAAGUAAAAAAAGUGCAAAUAUAGAAAUUUCAUCACUGUUGUCUAACACUGGGAAACAAAAUUGUGGUGAUACUUCUAAGGCCCCCUCCUCAGAAGAACAACCAGCCAAGAAUGAACAUCUGACCCAAUUGCAGCCAGGUCAAAACAUUGAGAUACAGAAGGAAACCAAUGAAGCGGUAGCUGAUGAUAAGCCAAAUCCUCAAGAUGAUCAUAAAAUUACAAAAGAGAAUGGUCCUUCAGAAAACAUAGACCACAAUGGUGUUGAGGCCAAUAAAAGCAAGGAUGUGAAGGGGAUUCGUGCUUUCAAAUUUUCAUUGGUUGAGUUUGUUAAGGAGCUUCUGAAACCAACUUGGAAAGAAGGAAAAAUCACUAAAGAUGAUUAUAAAACAAUUGUGAAGAAGGUUGUAGAUAAAGUAACCGGUACCAUGCAGGGAGCCCAUAUUCCUCAGACUCAAGAGAAAAUUGACCAUUAUUUGUCGUUUUCGAAACCAAAGCUUAACAAACUUGUACAGGCAUAUGUGGAAAAGGUUCACAAGGCCUAGUGAAUGCAGUUUAGAAAAUUUGGCCACCUAAUCUGUGGAUUCUGUUUUGGGAAUUGUUAUUUAUUGUCUUAGAUGUGUAUUAUGUUUCCUUACACCGAGAUUUUUGUUCCCCCCCCCCCUUUUUUUUCUCUCUCUCUCUCUCUCUUUUGGGGCCCUUGUGUACUUCAGUUGGUAGUAGAAUCCAAUAUAGCCUUUGCAAUCUCAGAGCUGUUAUUUCUUAUUUAACAGCUUUUGCUUCGUUUUCUGUGCGAAAAAUAUUGGUGGUUUUGACUUUUGAGACAUUUUUUGCAACUCAAAUGUAGUUAAUUGUUACUUGUGAUGGGGGAUUACUUAAUAUUUUAGUUACAUCACUACUUCUGUUCACAAGAGAAAGCCCCAUGCAAUGUUGUGCAACUGGCUGAAAAAUGUGGACUCUUACACCAGGGGUGAGCAAGACCUGGCCUAGUUCGAAAACUUGCUUGCAUCCAAAUUAUAUUUUGUCGGGUUUGAGUCUAUCAGAGUAAUUCAAUGUAUUUCCGGGUAAAAUUCGGGUUAUGUUUUUUGGAUUGGUUUAGUUUGGAUUGAAGUUAUA